AUGAGACUUCUCUACCAGGUUCUGGCUACAUCAGAUUUAAUUCUGGGUAUAACCUGGAGCUUGUGGGACUAUUUCUGGUUCUCACGAGAUUACUCUUAUUGCUUUGUCAUCAGCCUCGUAUUUCCGUAUCCCUUUGAGGUUUCUUUAUGGUUUAUGAUGAUCUGUCUUUCUGGGAUCAGUUUGAAUCUCUAUCUUCUUGUGACAAGACCACUGCGAUAUCACACAAUAGCUAGCAGAAAACGAUUCGUAAUCGUUCUUGUGACUUCCCUUAUAGUCACCACACUGGUAUGUGGUAUCUACAUCCCGAUUCCAGGAUCACCUAUUGUACAACUUUUAAAACACCGCUGCCAAGCUCGAAACCUCACCGCAGAAGGACAUUGGACAUCUAUCCUACAUACCUUCUUCCUCGUAGGCCCCAUCUGUGCAACUCUGACUUUCACGACUACUAUCUACAUUCGACUACUAGUGAUUGCACGCAAGAAGGUUAAUGUUGUAGGAACUAUCGAAAUUCAGCCUGUAGCUGACCGACUUGAUGCCUAUGACGACAGUCAUCAGAAUCGCUAUCACCCUUCAACGCAUCCCCAAAUCAUGGUUGAGCGCCAUCAACAUGAUCACGACAGACGACGCAAGAAGCGAUGUCGGACGUUCAAGGGCUUCUGGACCAUCCUUCUCUUGACUGGUUCGUUUAGUAUGGUCUGGAUACCUUAUACCAUCAACCUCGUAGCUCCUACAGAUGUUUACACCUCAGCUGCCCUAGAUAUGAUGUCUAUCUGCAGCACGUGGGUACAACCUAUAGUUUACUUGAUGACCAAUUCAGAAGCCAGGAGACACUUCUUGAAGUAUAUAUCCAUUUUGUUCAGGCGAAUCUGUAGAUGUGUUGGUAUGGUUACGAUUCCAAGGGUGUUAGGCCCAGCAAGUCAUAUAUCUCAUCCAAAUUGA